CAGUGCUCCCCUUUUCCCAGAAAAGGGAUGGAAAAGAGACAACAAAAAUGCCCAGCUUUCAACCAAGCUGUAAACAAGGGGCCAUCCAUUCUGGAACCAGAACAGAAACCUCUGAGCCUGUCUGGGAUGUGAAGUCAACAUAUAUAAAGCCAGAAUGUUCUAUCCUUGGCCCAGGUGAUGCUCUUGGAACACAGCAAGCAAACACAUGCACCCAAGUAGUGCCUAGGGAACUCGAGGCUCUCCAAGUAAAAAAGGAGAGAGGUUCAGAAGAGAUGCCCAGCAGACUGCCACAUGGUAGACAAGGAAACAAGCAGGAUGAGUCAUGUGAUGUGCGCAGGCUGCAACACCGUGAGAGGCACUCACUGGCAGGAUCCCGAGAGUACAUGUCCUAAGUCUUCCAGGCAGGAGAGAGAGGAGAGGCGAACACCUCCCUGGAGCAUGGCACCCUGGGUGGAGAAGCUGAGGAGCGGGCAAAGCUAUCCAGGUCCAAAAAUUGGGUGCAACCUAGUUUUGUGCUCCCAGAAGACAUCCAGAUGGCAAGGAAGGCGUGUAACCAAGCCCCUGAAAUAAUUGCGAUCAGCAGUGAAGACUCUGAUUCCUGUGAGGGUGAAGAGCCCCUGGAAGCCUCCAGCUCAGCAUCAAUGCCCAGGCCUGGUGAGAAGGGCAAAGACCAUUCGUGCGGGGCUCCAGGACCUCAGACGUCUGAGUUUAGAGUGUCUGCUUCCUAAUGCAUUUCAACUGGAGUGCACUCCAUAGCCAUGAUCCAGUUAUCCCUGGUGCUCUUUUUGUGCCCUCACCUCACCUGGCACUUUGGGAAAUGGGAGAGGCAACCUUCAUUGUAUAUGUGUGCUCUGGUAUUGACAUUAGGUUAGAAAGAAGCUAGCGUAUUUCUGUUGCUUUUCCCUUUCACAUUGGUCUGGUUUGAAUUUGUGUCCCCACCCAAAUCUCAUGUGGAACUGUAAUCCCCAAGGUUGGAGGAGGGGCCUGGCGGGAGGUGAUUGACUCAUGGGGGUUGACUCCUCUCUUGCUGUUCUUAUGAUAGUGAGUGAGCUCUCAUGAAAUCUGGUUGUUUACAAGUGUGUGGCACUUCCCCCUUCACACACUCUCUCCUGCCUCACCAUGUGAUGAUGUGCCUGCUUCUCCUUCACCUUCCGCCAUGAUUGUAAGUUCCUAGAGGCCUCCCCAGCCAUGCUUCCUGUACAGCCUAUGGAACUAUGAGUUAAUUAAACCUCUUUUCUUCAUAAAUUACCUAGUCUCAGGUAGUUCUUUAUAGCAAUGCAAGAGCAGACUAAUACAGGAAAUUGGUACUGGGAGAGGGGCAUUGCUAUAAAGAUACCUGAAAAUGUGGAAGCAACUUUGGAACUGGGUAAUGGGCAGAGAUUGGAACAGUUUGGAGAGCUUAGAAGAAGACAGGAAGAUGAGAGAAAGUUUGGAACAUGCUAGAGACUUGUUAAAUUGUUGUGACCAAAAUGCUGAUCAUCAUAUGGACAGUGAAGUCCAGGCUGAGGUGGUCUCAGAAGGAGAUGAGGAACUUAUUGGGAAAUGGAGUAAAGGUCACUCUUGCUAUGCUUUAGCAAAGAGACUGGUGGCAUUGUGCCCCUGUUCUAGGAAUCUAUGGAACUUUGAACUUGAGAGAGGUGAUUUAGGGCGUCUGGUGGAAGAAAUUUCUAAGGAGCAAAGCAUUCAAUAUGUGAUCUGGCUGCUCCUAACAGCAUACUGCCAUAUGUGUGAGCAAAAAGAUGAUCUGAAAUGGGAACUUAUAUUUAAAAGGGAAGCAGAGCAUAAAAGUUUGGAAAUUUUGCAGCCUGACCAUGUGGUAGAAAAGAAAAACCCGGGCGGAGGCAGGAACCAGAGCGCGAGCAGUAGCUCGGUGGGCACCAUGGCUGAGAUCACCACCAUUGAGGCGGUGAAGUGCAAGAUCCAGGUUCUGCAGCAGCAGGCAGAUGAUGCAGAGGAGCGAGCUGAGCACCUCCAGUGAGAAGUUGAGGGAGAAAGGCAGGCCCGGGAACAGGCUGAGGCUGAGGUGGCCUCCUUGAACUGUAGGAUCCAGCUGGUUGAAGAAGAGCUGGACCGUGCUCAGGAGCGCCUGGCCACUGCCCUGCAAAAGCUGGAAGAAGCGGAAAAAGCUGCUGAUGAGAGUGACAGAGGUAUGAAGGUUAUUGAAAAUCGGGCCUUAAAAGAUGAAGAAAAGAUGGAACUCCAGGAAAUCCAACUCCAAGAAGCUAAGCACAUUGCAGAAGAGCCAGAUAGGAAGUAUGAAGAGGUGGCUCAUAAGUUGGUGAUCGUUGAAGGAGACUUGGAAGGCACUGAGGAACGAGCUGAGCUGGGAGAGUCCCGUUGCCAAGAGAUGGAUGAGCAGAUUAGACUGAUGGACCAGAACCUGAAGUGUCUGAGUGCUGCUGAAGAAAAGUACUCUGAAAAAGAAGACAAAUAUGAGAAAGAGAUCAAGAUUCUUACUGAUAAACUCAAGGAGGCAGAGACCCGUGCUGAGUUUGCUGAGAGAUCGGUAGCCAAGCUGGAAAAGACAAUUGAUGACUUGGAAGAUAAACUGAAACGCACCAAAGAGGAGCACCUCUGUACACAAAGGAUGCUGGACCAGACUCUGCUUGACCUGAAUGAGAUGUAGAACGCCCCAGUCCCACCCUGCUGCUGCUCCUCCCUCUGACCCAGACUCCGCCUGAGGCCAGCCUGCUGGAAGCUGACCUUAAACUGAGGGCUGAUCUUUAACUGGAAGGCUGCUUUCUCCUUUUGCCGCCCCCUCCUUCCCUGUGUCUUUUUCACCAAACUGUCUCUGCCUCUUCUCGGAGAAUCCAGCUGGGCUAGAGGCUGAGCACCUUUGGAAACAACAUUUAAGGGAAUGUGAGCACAAUGCAUAAUGUCUUUAAAAAGCAUGUUGUGAUGUACACAUUUUGUAAUUACCUUUUUUGUUGUUUUGUAGCAACCAUUUGUAAAACAUUCCAAAUAAUUCCACAGCCCUGAAGCAGCAAUCGAAUCCCUUUCUCACUUUUGGAAGGUGACUUUUCACCUUAAUGCAUAUUCCCCUCUCCAUAGAGGAGAGGAAAAGGUAUAGGCCUGCCUUACUGAGAGCCAAACAGAGCCCAGGGAGACUCCACUAUGGGAAACCUCAUUGCUCUGUACAAAGUACUAGCUAAACCAGAAAGGUGAUUCCAGGAGGAGCUAGCCAAACGACAACAAAAACAAGAAAUGUGCUGUUCAAGUUUUCAGCUUUAAGAUAUCUUUGGAUAAUGUUAUUUCUAUUUUUUAUUUUCUUCAUUAGAAGUGACCAAAUUAAGAUGGUAAGACCUCUGAGACCAAAAUUUUGUCCCAUCUCUACCCCCUCCCACCUGCUUACAGAAUGGAUCAUGUCCCCCUUAUGUUGAGGUGACCACUUAAUUGCUUUCCUGCCUCCUUGAAAGAAAGAAAGAAGAUUGUGUUUUUGCCACUGAUUUAGCCAUGUGAAACUCAUCUCAUUACCCUUUUCUGGGUUUGAAGCUGCUGUCUCUAGAAGUGCCAUCUCAUUGUGCUUUGUAUCAGUCAGUGCUGGAGAAAUCUUGAAUAGCUUAUGUACAAAA